ACCGCAAGUCUCAAAGACUAUGGAGAAUGCUACCGUCGUCUUGGAGAAGGAACGACUGCGAUAGUCAUGGUAGUCCGCAAAUUAGAUUCAGACGGUCACAGCGAGAAGCUCUAUGCGAUCAAGCAGUUCAGAAACCGCAAAAAGGCAGAGAGCGAAAAAGAGUACAUGAAGAAAUUGACAGGUGAAUUCUGCAUCAGCUCCACAUUUUCCCAUCCAAAUAUCGUCCGCACUAUUGAUCUAGUCUUGGACGACCGCAAGAGAUACUGCACCGUAAUGGAAUAUUGUCCUGGCGGCGAUUUAUUCACAAGUAUCAUGGCUGAUCGCAUGACUGAGGCCGAGAAAGGCUGCUGUUUCAAACAGCUUGUACAAGGGCUUGCUUACCUCCACCAGAACGGCGUUGCCCAUCGCGACAUCAAACCAGAAAACCUUUUGCUGACCAUGGACGGCAAGAUAAAGAUCACUGACUUUGGAGUGUCGGAUGUUUACCGAUUCGCGUGGGAGAAAGACGGCCACAAGUCUCGAGGUGUGAUUGGAUCUGAGCCUUACAUUGCUCCAGAGGCAUUUACUGAAAAAGAAUACUGGGGUGCUGCUGCAGAUGUCUGGUCGGCAGGCAUUGUUUUGUAUUGCAUCUACCUUGGAGGUAUGGCCUGGCACAAGGCAAAGAAAUCAGACUCGGCCUAUGCAGUCUUUUCCCGUACCUAUGCCACUCAACAAUUCCAACUCUUCCAACGCUUGAUUCCAGGCGCCCGGACACUUCUCUACCGUAUCCUGGACCCAAAUCCAGACACCCGCAUCACAGCAGAUGAAAUCCUCCAAGACCCUUGGAUCAAGUCUAUCGACGUCUGCGAUCAACACCACCCUCACAACCACACUGUCCAUACUCGUCCAGUAGCCACC